AUGCCGGCAACAGACGAGUCUGCACCCUCUGCUUCCAAAGACAAGCAGCAGUCUGGCCCUCUUGUUAAGGCUGAUGCUAUUACUCAGUCGAGCGAGAAGCUGGAUCGAGUACGUGGCGCGCGGUUGAAACGCCCUUCCUACUCGUUGCUGCAGCGGCCCGAGACCUUACUGACGUACGCACAAGUGCUGUUCAAUGCUAGCAUUUUGUUCGUUUUCUUGUACCUACUCUUUAAUGUUGUAUGGACGAUCCAGCACGAUGUCGCUCAAAAGGUGCGCGAGUACGAGCUAGACUACUUGGGCGAGAUCUCCACGUGCAAUGUGCGUUACACAUCCAACAGGUGCGGUACUGAGCUGCAAGCGCCCGUGCUUGCUGAGGCUUGUGACGCAUGGAAGCGAUGCGCAUCGCGCGAUCCCACCGUCGUUGGCCGUGCACGAGUCACAGCUGAAACAUUUGCCGAAAUUUUGAAUGGGUUUGUCGAUGUCGUGAGCUGGAAAACCAUGCUUUUUUCCCUGCUUACCUUGUCGAUUGUGGUCGGUGCAACAAACUCGACACUGUCAUUCUUCCGUCUCAAUGCUUCACAAACUCGUGAAGCCAACAAUAGUCACGCGACGUUACCGUCGGCCGGUCCAGCAACCUACGCGGGACGUACUUUGCAUUCUCAAGCGUACGGCUUGCCUUCCUUGGAGUACGAUGGUCCUGUGCCGCCGCCACGAUGGCGCGCUUCACGAGCCAAAGAGCUCAAGUCUAUACCCUAUUCAAUGAGCGAUGAAGACGAUGGCGCCGUCGAAGAUAGUGCAUAG